UCGGCUCUCAGUUGCCGGCAAACUAUCGACGUGUUGUAUUGUGGUGAAGCCGUGUGCUGCGCAGCCCGCCGCGUACCGUAUCGCAGUCGUCACCGUCGCCGUCGUCGUCGUCGUGUCGCCGUCGUCUCGCAGUGCCCUCUCCUCGUGUCCACACCCACCCGCGCACCCGCCGUGUUUCUGUGCGCGUCCCACUCGCACUGUCCCUGUCCGUCGUCCGCGCGUCUCCGGCCGAAGUUUUCUCGCCAGCUUUUGUUUUGUUUUUGAAGCGCAUACACACACAGUCUUGUCGAUCGCUAUCGCGCAAGCGCGGCCCUCCGAAGGGACUAUACGUAUCGCGUGCGGAGAAAUAACGUCUUCGGCGCACCGCCGCCGCCGCCGCCGCCGACACCACAUCUAUCUCCACCACCACCACCACCACCACCACCACCGCCACACCUUCACCUCCGAAUUCGUCGCCUCCACCGGCCGGCCGGCCAACACGUGGUCUCAGGCGCACGUGCACCGCCGCCGAGACAUGACGUGGACAUUAAUCGUAGUCUACGCAACGCUGUGCAGUGUCGGUACAGCCACCGAUGAAUUUGCAGAUGAAAAAUUUUUGCCAGACGAACAUGAUCUUCAAACUGCCAUAAAAGUUCCGUUCGAGGACCCGCAGUUGUACUUUGACAGCGGGGAGGAUGGUUUUCCAGCAUUUGGCAUUAAACCUGGAUCUGAUAUAAAAUCACCGUAUCGAUUAUUCCUACCUGAGAAAUUGUACUCUGAGUUUUCCAUUGUGGUAAAUUUCAAACUCAAUUCUAUGAACGGUGGUUUUCUGUUUGCCGUUGUCAAUCCUUUAGAAAAUGUGGUGCAGUUGGGCGUGCAGGUCGUACCGUCAUCGUCCAGCGCGAUGAAUGUGAGCUUCCUGUACACGGACGUGAACAAAUACUCAUCGUCAUCGAACGUCUUGGCCAUGUUUUCGGUUCCUUGGAAGAUCCGGAAAUACAUACGACUGAGUUUAAAGGUGACCAGAGAGUACGUGCGGCUGUUCGGUAGGUGUUUGGAACCGCAAACCGUGACGGUAGUCAGAGAUCCGGUGGAAUUGCUGUUCGACUCGGCGUCUACGUUGUACAUUGGCCAGGCAGGGCCGCUGAUCAAAGGACCGUUCGACGGGGCCAUACAAGAAAUGAAAAUCUACGCAUCACCAGAUUUCGCCGAUAUCCAGUGCACGGAACUUUUACAAAAGCCAGACGAUGACAAGGAACCAGAAAAUCCCGAAGACCUGACUAACGGCGGUUACUCGGAUAGACCACCUGCUCCUCCACCGCCGCCGCCAUCAAACGAAAACCAUGGCUAUCAGACGCCCAACAUCAAAGGAGAUAAAGGCGAUGCUGGUCAAAAGGGAGAGUCGAUCAGAGGACCGCCCGGACCACCGGGACCUCCGGGCUCGCCGUUUUCCGGAGACUUUGCCACCGACGAAGAACUCGUCAAGUCCGGAGUAUCUGGACCAAGAGGUCCGCCAGGCAUAUGCAGCUGUAACCUCACCACGUUAUUUGCACCCGGCAACAUACCGGAAUUACUGCAAGGACCGCCGGGCAAUCCAGGCAUUGAUGGCAAAAUGGGAUUGACAGGACUUCCGGGUGCUGUAGGAUUGUCAGGAGAUCGAGGACCAGAAGGCAUAAAAGGGGAUAAAGGUGAAAGAGGAGAUGUCGGGCCACGAGGAAGCGAAGGCAUUCAAGGCCCUAAAGGCGAUUCUGGAAUUGACGGAGAACGUGGUUUACAAGGGCCUCCAGGUCCGCCAGGCCCGCCUGGUGGAUCAGACUUUUCAAACAAUGAUCCUAGUUGGAAACCAAGACCGAUUUACAAGGACAUAGGGUUUGAGUCAAAUGUUGGGAGGCCCGGUCCCCCAGGUCCUAAAGGCGACCCGGGUGUUGACGGCGCUCCAGGCUUAAAAGGCGUAAAAGGAAUUCAAGGCAAUAAAGGCGUUCGCGGUGAGCUGGGAAGCAAAGGAAUCAAAGGCGACAAGGGCCAUGCUGGAUCUGUAGGACCACAAGGUUUUAAAGGGGAACGAGGAAUACGUGGUUUUGACGGAACACCAGGAAUGCCAGGAGAAAAUGCUCGCCCAGCACCUAAAGGCGAAAAAGGUGAUAGUGGGCCACCCGGACCACCCGGUCCACCUGGACUAACGCAAACUGGAGUGAAAACUGAUAAAAUGGAUACAGCAGUUGUGAAAACAGUCAAAGGUGAUAAAGGCACAAAAGGUGAUCAUGGGGAAAAGGGAGCUGUUGGUAAUCUGGGCCCAGGAGGAAACCCUGGUCCGCCUGGUUUGACAGGUCCCAAAGGUGAACGAGGAGAACCCGGUUUACCAGCACCCUUAUUAUCUACGACCGAUCUAGGAAUGAGCAUCAAAGGAGAUAAAGGUGAAAUGGGAAGAAGAGGCAGACGCGGAAAACCAGGUCCUAUAGGUCCACCGGGUCCACCUGGAGAAAUUGGUUUGCCUGGUUUACGAGGUACACCAGGUAAAGCAGGAGGUCUUAAAGGGGAAAAAGGAGAUUCGGGAGAAUCUGUUAAAGGCGAUAAAGGGGAACCAGGAAAAGACGGAUUACCAGGUUCAGGCGGAACAUACGUGGCUGUUCCAGGACCACCAGGCCCACCAGGUGCUCCUGGUAUUGGAGUCGAAGGGCAAAAAGGUGAACCCGGUGAUCCUGGUUUUUCUUCUGCACCUCUCCGAAGUGAAAUCAAUGAACAAAUUACUGUACCAGGCGCUCUGACAUUCCCGAACAAGAAAUCAAUGAUAAACGUGACAGACAGAACUCAGAUAGGUACCAUUGCAUUCAUCAUUGAAGAAGAAGCUCUUUUAGUACGUGUUACGCGUGGUUGGCAGUACAUUUCUCUUGGUUCGUUGGUCACCACUGGAAUCGACCCGAUCCCGACAAGCGUUCCGAUGCCCACAAGAGUGCCAUUAGAAUCAUCAAAUUUAGUACAUAACCAUCCAGUAAAAGAUAACACAAUGUGGCAUCCUAAAAUGUUACGAAUAGCAGCAUUGAACGAACCAUAUUCAGGUAAUAUGCACGGCGUUCAGAGCGUGGACUACUCGUGUUAUCGUCAGUCUCAGAGAGCGGGGCUUCACGGAGCAUUCAAAGCGUUCCUGUCUUCGAGGCUUAAUAAUUUGAAAACAAUCGUUCACGAGUCCGAUAGAGAUUUGCCCGUAGUCAACAUCAAAGGAGAUGUGCUAUUCAACUCUUGGAAAGAUAUAUUCAGUGAAAACGGGGCGUUUAUAUCACAGCAGCCCAGGAUAUACAGUUUUAGUGGAAAAAAUGUGCUCACCGAUUUCACGUGGCCUCAGAAGACCAUCUGGCACGGAUCAGACGUGUCCGGCGACAGUGCGGUUGACGGAAACUGUGAUGCGUGGAACUCGGAGAGCGCCGACAAACGAGGACUGGGCUCGUCGUUGAUACCAAAGGCCGAUCGGCAGGCGAAACUCCUGGAUCAGGAUUCUGCUUAUGACUGCCGCAACUUUUUUGUCGUCCUGUGCGUGGAAAUUACACCUCACUCGGGUGCGAUGUUCUCGAGGAAACGACGCAGCGGCAGCGGCGGAGGCGGUCUGCACGACGAACCGCAACUCCCUAUGAGCCGCCAGGAGUACGAGAGACUCAUGGACGACAUCCGAGCAACUUGAACGCCGGCCAAAAACAUCCGUAUCGUCGGCUGUCUUUUAUCAUUGCAAUUUAUAUUAUUAUUUCGACUUUAUUCUUUAUAAUGUACGACGAUACCGCACUUCUUGUCCGAUUUCGUUUUUAAAACAUAACUUAGCUGAACACUAUACAAAUAAGUGAAACAACAAGAUACACGAUAUAAUAAUUAUUAUCAUUACUAUUUUAUCUUCGUCGAUCGAUGUCUUUCAUUCUUCCUCGUUAAUUUGUAUUACGUAAAAAUAUUUAAAAAUCGCAUAUCAUUCAUACUACUCUCACCAUAUCCGACUAAAUAAAUUAUUAAUAACAAUAAUAAUUUAUUAUCAUUGUACUAUUAUCAUUUUGAGGUUUUCGAAACUACAACAAUGGCUGGCUUAAAAAAUAUUAUUACAUAAUAUUACACAUCAUACAAUACAAUAAUAACCAUUAACCAUAGUAUUAUUAUCAUCAAAUUUGCACAUAUCUCGUUAUUUUACUAAUAUGUUGUGGAUCUUUUGAACGAUUUUUAUUCGAAAUAUAUUUAUAUUUCGAUUGUUUCAAAACACAUACAUUUUUUGUUUUUAUUUGUUUAUAUAUAGUAAUAGUAUUAUUAAUGAGUAAGUUAAUGUUUUUGUAUUCCUAGUGAAUAUUCAUUUUUAAUGCAAAUCAGAAUUUCAUCGUUUUCAUAAAAUUACUAAUAUACAGACAAAUAGUCAUACUAUUUGAAUACUUUUAAAAAAUACCUUAUUUUGAUCGAACAAACUUAUUAUUUUGCUACCAAAAAAAUUUACCAAUAACAACAUUAAAUCGUCAAUCAUAUUAUAAAUUCAAUUUUUUGGUAAAUUUCUUAUUCUAUGUCGUAAAUAACCAUUUGCAUUUACAUGAAUAUAUCAUUAUUGUUUUGAACAUUUAGGAUAUAAUUGAAAAUUAUUUUACAUUUAUGUGUUCAAGUAAUAAUAUUGUAUAUUUAUUUUAAAUAUUAAAUCAUUUUAUACUAUACAUGCGUGUAUGAAGUUUGUGUAAACAUAAUCGUAUGUACUAUAACAUAAAAUAUAUUGGUUUAAUAAAACAUUUUGUACGUUGUAUAUAUAGUUUUAAAAUAAUUAAUUUUAUAAAUAAAAAUUUAUCCAUUAAGGUAUUAGCUUGUAUAAUGAUAAGCACUAGUGCAACCUAUUAAAACAUAUAAAAAGUAGUUUGAAAUAUAAAUCCAUGUCAUCGAUUAAAAUAUUAACAAAGAAAUCAAAAACCGGUUUGUGAAUAAAUAAUUUUAACUUAAAUUUAUAAUAAUUAACGUAUUUAUUAUUUUAAUUUUCAAAUAUUCAAAAAAAAGUUCUGAGUACGACUAAUAGAAAAAAAAUGUUUUUGUAUAAUGAUGAAUAUCCAUUGUUAUGUUUUACUUAAAAAAUGUAAUAAAUAAAUUAAAAUGUGUUCUAAAUUUCUAUAUAUUAUAUAUAAUAUUUAAUCGAUGGACAUUUUUUUUUUUAUAAAAGUUAUAGAACAUACCUACAAUAAGAUAUUGAAUAUUUUAUUUAAUGCUUCGUGCAACUGUAAUAGAAAUAAACAUUCUUUAUAUAUGUAUCCAAAAAUAUAGUUAGUUUGAUAAAAAUUUGCUAUAUUUAAGUUAAAAUAGGUAAUAUAAUAAUUAUAAAAUGUUUUGAAAAGUAUUUAUUUAUUACCUAUAGUUCAAGCACAAAUAAAUAAAUAAAUACGAUUUGGAAGACAUUAUUUUACUUUGGUUAUAAAAUAUAAGUUUUAAGAUAAAUUAAGAGUAUUUUAUAAAAUUAUUUCAAUUAUAUUAUUUAAGAGAUUUAUACAAUAAGGUAAAAUUAGGAAAAAAAAAAAAAAUGGAAUAUCUUAGUCAAAGACUAAUGUUAAACGUUAAACAUUCACUGAAAUUAUAAUAUAUGUAAUAGAUACUUAUUUGAUUUUAUUAAUUUACAAAUAUGUUUGUUUUUAAUAUAAUUUUAGAAAAAAUAAUUAAAAUGAACGAUAAUUAUUAUUGUUACUUAAGAAGCGCAUUUUUAUUGUAGUUAACUUUUAUACAUACCUAAUAAAUUGUAUUAACUGCAUUUUUGUUUUAAAAUUGAAAGAAAUUUUUAAUAAAUUUAUAUACAAUUUACUGAAGUAUGACAAUUUUAGGAGUUUAACAUUUCUAAAAAUUCAAAUUCAACCAAUAUUUACAGUAAAAUAUGAUAAAGUAUUCUGUACUUUACAUAACUUUUACCAACAUAUAAAUUCAUAAUUGUUUCUAACUGUAUAAGUUAAGUGUUUAAUAAUAAAAUUAGAUCAUUGUGUAUUAUUGUAUUAGCUACUAUGAUAUUAUUAAAUGUGUAAACAAAAACAAAUAAAUUGCUAUUAAUAUUA